AUGACGACAACUACCGGUGCUAGCGGAACCCCUUCAUCUCGAGAACAAUCACUUUCCUCUUACCAGACUGCGAUUGCUAUUAUCCCUCCGGUUUUCUACCACCCGCAGACCAACGCCCUCCGUUCACUAUACGAUAAGUCCUACUUGAGAUGGCCUCCGCACAUCAACGUGCUCUACCCCUUCGUUACGCCUGAGAGCCUCCCGUUAGCUGUUCAAAAUCUCCGAAGGGUGGUUCAGGAGAGCAAGGAUGAUGGGUUUGGGUUUUGGUUAAAGUUGGAUCGGCCAGGGAGCUUCCGACAUAAGCAGAAUGCCACAAUAUUCCUCUCGCCGGGUCCGCAUGAUGGUGGGAUGGUUGGGGACCCAGAGACAGCAUCUGGGAGAGCCCUGAGACGGCUUGAGGGAUUGCUAUCUAGCCAAUACACAAAAAAAGGAAGGACGGGUGAUGGUGUUUAUAGACCGCAUCUUACUUUGGGGCAGACUUCCUUAGACCCAAUGCCCCUGAAUUCUUUGCUGUCUAAGGCUGAGAAACUGGUGACGGCGAACAGAAUUUCAAUUGAGCCGUUUAAAUGGUUUGUGACAAGGCUAGCGGUGAUGAAAAGAGAUGAGGAGGGAAAUAUGAGGAUUGUUGAUGAAAUCCUUCUGGGAAAACGGGGCACCGAGGAGGCGGAGAAUGGAGAAGGGGAGGCGGAUACGGAGUCCGAGAUUGACAGAGUAUCUGGAGAGAGUCUGGACGAACUCCAGAGGUUAGGUCUUGGCCCAAGAGAGAGCUUCGGAUAUUUCAGGCCAGGUGCCUCCUGUCAGUUUUCUACGGAAAUUAAUGAUUGGGUUCCGGUCGACCUCGCAAGUGUUCAAGGGCGAAGGUUCCUCCCGAAGGAUAUCACAAUUGCUACCUACAAUGUCUUGACGGAUUCUCUAUUCCCACCCCCAGUUGAAAGAUACCCGCUGCUGAUAGAUGCGAUUCUUUCGAUCCAUCCUACUCCACCGAGUUUAGCGACACCUUCAAUACUUUGUCUCCAAGAAGUAACCGAUGGUUUUCUCCAACAUCUUCUCUCCAAUAAUGCUAUUCGGACCCGAUACCCUCUAUGCACACAUUCUUCAAACUCGGUUCUCCCUAGUAUCAGGAAUUGUGUUAUAUUUGCUACACUUUCGUGUGGACCGUUCGAAUGGCAAUGGCUUGACUUCACCAAACGCCAUAAGGGUGCGGUUAUUGCAUCAUUUCCGAAACUGGGGAGUCCAGAUAAACCACUUGUUGUGGCGACUGUCCAUCUUACUUGUGGUCUUGGUGAUGGGAGUGUUUCAGCAAAGGCUAUUCAGUUGAAAACACUCUCAGCAUAUCUACGCACUAAACACUCCGCUAGUGAUUGGAUUGUAGCGGGAGACUUCAACCUCCAGACCUCAAUACAAAGCAUUGAUUCGGCGUUGGCGAGUGGAAGUAUCUCAAAAGAUACUCACGAAUUGGUCCGGAAAGGGCUAAUUGACGAGGAGCUCUUCUCUGACUCUUGGGAAAUAUUUUUUGGCUCAAACGAGGAAGAUUUUGUCCCUUAUGAGGCGGAUAAUACCGUUGCAGAGAUCAAGGGGGAGGGGGAGUGGGGAGCCACGUUCAAUCCAUUCACGAACCCGGUUGCAGCGAAGAUCGUGCGAUGGAACAGUGAUCCUCGCCCUCAGAGGUACGAUCGGGUACUGAUAAAGAGGACUGGAGAUUUGAGGGUUAGGAGUGUAUGCCGCUUUGGAUUUCCAGAGAUUAAUUCCCAGGACAGUGAAAAAACACUGGAAUGUGGCAGUGACCAUUGGGGUGUUAGCGUUAUGUUGAAUUUCCGCCCGGAUGUCGGAGAUGCCGGCGGGCAGAGAAACGGUGCAAGGUUACAACUCUCGGAGAUAUAUAUCGAUGAUAAACUUCUGAAAGCCCUUGUUGACCCCUACAUGCCUUGCAAGACUGAUCGUGAUGCUAGAGAGGCUGCUAUAACGUCUCUAAGAGAGAUUCUGCUACAAGAGCAGGAAUCAGUACUUGGGGUUGGAUUUAAACCUUCUCGUGGGGCUAUCCCGAUUAUCUUGGCCCCCGUGGGUAGCUAUGCUCUGGGUGUCCAUGGUAGGGAUUCUGACAUAGAUUGCCUCUGUGUUUCAACCAUUUCUGCAAAGACCUUUUUUGAGGUUGCGAGAAAAAGGAUUAGAAGGUUUGGCGGCGAACGAGGAAUCCGCUUGACAAGAUUUGUUGAUUCCAAGGUCCCUGUCUUGGAGGUGAAGGUUGGGAAUAUAAAGUUUGAUCUACAGUACUGUCAAUCCCUGGCAAUAAUUGAGCAUUGGUCGGCUAUUCCACUUCUACCUCCGAAUGACUCGGUAUUCUCAUUGCCUGCAUCCGGGCUCAAAUCUCUUAAUUCCUAUCGAGAUACUGAAUUUCUCCUUCGUACGAUACCAAAUAUCAAUGUCUUCCGUCUAGCACAUCGCUUCAUCAAAAUAUGGGCUCUUGCGAGUGGGGUAUUUUCCUCACGAUUCGGAUAUCUCGGUGGCUUUCACAUAACUCUUCUGUUGGCACGCAUAUGCAAACUGGCUGAUGGAGAUCCAAAGGAUGUUACUGCGGCAAAGAUCGUUAGGUUAUUCUUCGCUUAUUACUCAAAAACCGAGUGGUUGACGGAGAUUAUUUGUGAUCCGGAGUUCUCAGCUGGAGCUAGUUAUCAGCGGUUUUCUCGGGAGCCAAUGGCCGUUACUAGCAUCUAUGCGCCAGUGGUCAAUGUUGCGAGAAAUGCCACCAGACACAGUGUGUCCGCGCUAACACGGGAGUUUGAACUUGCGGAAAAGGCUCUUGAUAGUGGGCGGUGGGACCUAAGAUCGAUGGGGAGAGAAAACGAGUUUUUAGCGGAAUAUGAAAGCUAUGUAAAGAUCGACGUUCAAUAUUGGGGAAACACCUUGAGGAGAGGAAAGGCGUUAACUCUAUGGGUGGAAAGCACAAUCCCCUUGCUUCUAGUUGGGUUAAAUACCAAAGCACCUUUUAUAUUCGCACGGGUUUGGCCACAGAGGUUCGUUAGCACCACCGAGCUCGAUGAAUGGACUGAACUGCGAGGGUUUUACCUAGUAGGACUGUCCAACAAUGGCACUAGAGAAGGGAGGUCGAAAGAGCAAAAGCAAAAGGAUGAGAAUACGUUCAUGGAAAUUCUACAGGGAUUUGAGCAGCACCUCAAAGAGCGUUCAACAUGUGCGCUUGAAUACGAUUCCACAGACUCAUGGAUUCAAGUCCAGUAUGUUCGAAGGUCCUCUCUGGGAGCUGUCAAAAUAGAUGAGCGAGAUUGGGGCGAUAACGGUCCUGAGGACGAUCUCAUACAGAAUGAAGAUAACCUUACUGAUACCGAACUGGGCUCGGAUGAUGAAGGAUACGUGCGCAAUGACGAUCAGAAUUGUCCGGGCGUCAAAGAGACAUCGUUGUCAAAAACCAGGAAACCGCCCAAAAGGCCUGUACCUGGCAGAAAACUCCGACCGGCACUCGACGUGAUCAAUCGGAUCAGGUGGGAUCCAUCUUUGGACCCGGACGAUUUUCUGAUAGGAUAUGAAGACAGGUUUAAAGGAAUCAGAGAGAUGGAUGUUGGGAAGUGGAAGAUGGAGCAGACGGACCUAGAAUUUAUUCCGCUACAUCGGGUUGCGUACUUUAAGAGGCGAAGUGAUGGGGUAGUGGUUUGGGAUCGGGAAACGAAGAACGACCUUUUGUUUGGAAAUAAGGUCGGGGAGAGCGGGGAAUGA